AUGUCCAACCUAACAGAAACAAACCGCAGACACUUCGACAAAGUCGCCUCCAACCACCAAACCGACUUUGGCGAACUUAUCGCCGCAGUCACUGCCGAGCUCAAACGCCGCCGCGGCUGGAUCAGUGGCACGUUAGCCGGCGACCCAAACACUGACACUGACACUGUUGGCUUACGAGAUGAGGUCCGCCUGCUGGAUUAUGCGUGCGGUUCUGGGACAGUGUCCAAGGCUCUAGCCCCGCACGCAACACACACCAUCGGGCUCGAUCUCUCAGCCAACAUGGUGGCCGAGUACAAUAAAGCGGCGCGGGAAAUAUUCGGAGCGCACGGACCUGGACUCCAACCUGGACGAAUGGAAGGAUUCCAGCACGAUUUACUCGCGGGUUCGAAUUCUGAUUCCGGUUCCGACUCUGGCACUGCGGAUGCGGAGAACAAUCCGCUUCCCAGCGGAACACUUGCGCCCUUUGAUGUCAUUGUUGUCGGGAUGGCGCUGCACCAUGUUACCGAGCCUGGGAGGCUAUUGAAGCGGUUUAGUGAGUUGCUGAAGCCUGGUGGGGUGUGUGUCGUGCUUGAUAUGGUGCCGGGGAGUGCUGAAGUUGGCGAUGACCAUGACUUGAAAGAAUUAGGGCAUGAGGGAAGCGUGUUGGACACGAUUGGGAAGCAUGGAUUCACCGAGGCGGAAAUGCGGGACUUGUAUGAGGGGGUCGGGAUGUGGAGGGGCUUCGAGUAUGCUGUUUUCGAGGAGCGGUUCGGCUUUACCCUCUUUGGACAGCAGGGUAGCGCCUUGGGGUUUAUUGCGAGAGGGGAGAAGCUGUGA